AAUUCAAAAGGACUCUUUAAUAUCUAGAGAGCUGUAUAAUACAUUCCAAGAAAUCUUAAAAUCCCCUUAUGUAGAAUUCUCAAUAAACUGUUAACAGAUCAUUUCACGGGUUUAUUGUCGAACUGGAGGGAACAACAAGUUAAUUCACUUCUCAUGAGAAACAGCAAAAGUACCAACAUUAAUCAAAGCUCAUCUGUGAGCCAUGGGAAAGAUCGGGUGGCUUGCCCCUGUGGGCCUUGUUUUGGUUGCUAUGUGGUUUUCAGUUGAUGCCUUCCGAUAUUCAUAUUACAUCAGUAUAACUGUGAAAAAAUCUGAGGUAUCUGAAUCCACAUUGGGAGCCGUUGGUGGCGUCAUCGCUGACUGGAUUCCCUUGUCCUACACAAAUACCGACUGUGACCAAACCUACAGGCUGAUCAGUACAAAGUCCUUAACUCAACAGCUUAUCGGCACUCUAGAGCUGAGCUGCACCAAUGAUAACUGGUAUGAUUAUUUCGAAGCAAUACAGGCGUCUGUUUACGACAAUCUGGUUCGCCAGCAGUAUCACGUGACUGUGAAUGAUCUUGAUAUUGAAGUCUUGAAGUUGAACGUCUUCAAUAGCUCUUCAGAUGCUUUGCAAAACAUCAAUGCUCUGGAAUUGUCUAUGUGUUUUAGAGACUUCUCAAUGUGUCAGCCUGAAGAGUUCUGUUAUGAUACAACUUUCAAGCCUGUGUGUCUAGCGUCGUGUGACUAUGGUCAAUAUUUGGAUAACGGACAGUGUGUAAGCUGUCCAUUUGGUCAAACGACACUGAUGUUGUCAGCGUGGUCAAUAGAUAGAUGUGUUGACGUGUGUACCAGAGGUUCUUACUACAGUUUCCAAAGCCAAUCUUGUAUGACAUGCCCUGAUGGUCUCUACUGGAGUGAUGCUGAUAAGGCAUGUCAUUUGUGUCCUUAUACUAUUUAUAACGCCACAAGCUGUCAAAAUGGAACAGAGAGACAACUGACCAAUGCCCGAAUAAAUAUUGAUCUUGAUUUAACAUUGGUCACAUCUUCCUGUGCUUUCAAUCAUUCCGAUGAGUUGCAAGUGAACGGGGACUCCAUGUCAACCUACGUCACUAAAGUGUUGACUACCAGAGACUACGACAAAAUCUACCGCGGCCUUUGCUUGCCUGCAGUUUCUUGUUACAAUCUCGAAGCUAAGAUCGUCAAUAACCAAAUGUGUAUACCUGACGGAAGUUGUACUGAUGAGACAUGUUCUAUUUAUAGAACUAACCUUCACCUUACAUUAUUUUAUUCAUGGCAAUAUAUUCAGCCGUCUUAUUGGCCUCGAGGUGUUUACCAUAACAGAAGUGCAGUGGACGUCCUAUUGGAGAGUUUAUAUGACUGGACUGAAGAAGCCAGGACACAAGUUUUUAAGCUGGAUAUGAAUGCCAGAUUUGAGCUUCCAUAUUCUCCAAGAGUAACUGUUAUGGACUUGGCCACCAAAAGUCUUUACGUCAGCUUCAAGACAAAAGAUGUUGUAUUCAGCAUGACAACGUUUAUACAUAAAAUGCAUGACAAAGUUUUAGAAUUAGCAACUGCAGAAGAUGAAAAAAUCAGCAAUGAGCUUCUGAUGGAAAUAGAGCUCCGACAGAGCUGA